AUGGCACCGCUAGAACUAUUGGUUAUUGAUGAGGCCGCACAGCUCAAAGAAUGUGAAUUCACGAUUCCCUUGCAGCUCUUUGGUCUUCGUCAUGCUAUACUCAUUGGAGAUGAACGACAACUGCCUGCAAUGGUCCAGAGCGAGAUUUGCAAGAAGGCUGACUUUGGAAGAAGCUUAUUUGAGAGGCUGGUGUUAUUAGGACAUAAGAAGCAUCUUCUUGAAGUCCAAUACAGAAUGGAUCCAUCAAUAAGCUUAUAUCUUAAUAGGGAAUUCUACGACAAAAAGAUUUUGGAUGGCCUGAAUGUCAAAGAGAUAACGUGUGAGAAACGCUUCCUUCAAGGAAAGAUGUUUGGCUCCUACUCUUUUAUAAAUGUAGCCUAUGGCAAAGAGGACUUUGAUGACAGGCAUAGUAGGAAAAACAUGGUGGAGGUUGCUGUGAUCGUUGAGAUUGUUGCAACCCUCUUUAAAAAAUCGGUGGCUUCAAAACAGAAGGUAAGGGUUGGUUGCAUAUCAGCAUAUAAGGCUAAAGUAUUUGCACUUCAACAUAAACUUGAAAAGACAUACAGUACAGAUGCAAACAGUAACUUCUCUGUCAGUGUUCGAUCUGUUGAUGGAUUUCAAGGCGGUGAGGAGGAUGUGAUAAUUAUCUCCACCGUGAGAUGUAAUGGGUGUGGAUCAGUGGGCUUCCUUUCCAAUCGUCAAAGAACUAAUGUGGCUCUGACUAAGGUAUUGCUUUUGUAUUAA